AUGCGCGUGAAGGCGAACCACGGGAACACAUUGAGCAAGCACGUACGGAGUUGGUUCUCAAUGAGAACGAUCUCGUACUCCCACCAAGGCUCUAUUAUGAUCUUCUUCAAGCACUUCGACACGUCCAAGCAGACACUGUAUGGUGCCGGCAAUAUACAUGUGCAGCGGGCCAGCAAGGUCAGCAACCUUGUGCCGAUGGUCCACGAGCGGAUGCGAUGGACGCCGGGGACGCCUGCGAAGGUCUAUGAGUACUACGACUUCCUGCAGAACAGGGUCAUGGUUCUCUUCCGGCCGAAGUUCGAAGAGCCCGUUCAUGAUCAUCCGGAGUUCAACCUCAUCCUCAGCAAGAAGUAA